AUGGUUAUAGGCGUGGUAGAGGAGGAGCACGAGGUCGUGCUACUUGUGGGCGCGGGGGAGGAGCAGCACGAGGUCGUGAGCGUGGCGGGGCGACGGAGCAGCAAACCAUGCUGCUACUCCCCACCGGUAGCCGGAGCUCGGGCUCGCCGCACGGCAGCGGGAGCCUAUGGUGACGUGGCGGCGAUAUCUAGGGUGUGCGGCGAAGGUGUCCACGUGGACCGGCGAUGGGGUGUGCGGUGGUUGGGCGACAGCGAUGGGAUGGACACUGGCAUCGGGCGCAAGCGGCGGCGCCUCGGGCGUGGUCGCCAUGGAGUUGGGGCAGCGCUGCUCUCUCUAUGUCGCGUGCAGAAGGACGGCGUCGGCGGCCUCCAGGUACUCAUGGAGGACGAAAAGCUACAGCCGGUCUGGGUGGACGUACCCGCCGUGGCCGGCGCGCUCAUCGUCAACAUCGGCGACUUCCUGCAGUUGAUGUCCAAUGACAAGUUCAAGAGCGUGGAGCACCAUGUGGUGGCCAAGAGCGUCGGACCUCGGAUCUCCAUGGCGUGCUUCUUCUAG